AAAAGUAGUUUAUAGCAUUGGUUCUCAAACUUUUUUCAGUGAUGUACCCCCUGUGAACAUUUUUUUAAAUUCAAGUACCCCAUAAUCAGAGUAAAGCAUUUUUGGUGAAAAAAAGAGAUAAAUAAGUAAAUUACAGCACUAAAUGUCAUCAGUUUCUGAUUUAUUAAAUUGUUUAACAGUGCAAAAUAUUGCUCAUUGAACUAUUUGGAAAAAAAGAUAUAAAAAGAAAUAAAAACUUGUUGAAAAAUAAACAAGUGAUUCAAUUAUGAAUAAAGAUUUCUACACAUAGAAGUAAUCAUCAACUUAAAAGGCACUCUUUGUGGAUUGUAAUAGAGAUCCAUCUGGAUUCAUGAACUUAAUUCUAAACAUUUCUUCACAAAAAAAGAAAUCUUUAACAUCAAUAUUUAUGAAACAUGUCCACAAAAAAAUCUAGCUGUCAACACUGAAUUUAGCAUUGUUGCAUUUCUUUUAACAGUUUGUGAACUUACAUUCAUAUUUUGUUGAAGUAUCCAUCCAUCCAUCCAUUUCCUACCGCUUAUUCCCUUUUGGGGUCGCAGGGGGCACUGACGCCUAUCUCAGCUACAAUCGGGCGGAAGGCGGUUUACACCCUGGACAAGUCGCCACCUCGCCGCAGGGCAUUUAUUGAAUGAGGUAUCAUUCAAUAAAUAUAUUUAAAAAGUAUUUUUGAAUUGUUGCUAUUUUUAGAAUAUUAAAAAAAACCUCACAUACCCCCUUGUCAUACCUUCAAGUACCCCCAAGGGUAGGUGUACCCCCUUUUGAGAACCACUGGUUUGUAGGACACUUUACUGUUAUUCUUCCUGUCAGAAGUCCGGCUAUUUGCUGCCAUAUUUUCUCUAGUCCAUUUUUUUUUUCCUUCCAACAUGGUCUCCAUUUUGUUUUGCCAGAAGUAUCUCAUAAAAAAAACGGUAAAAAAGCGUUCAAACGUCCACAAUAUUGUCAUAUUUACCACGUUGCGCUUAUUUAUUUGAUAUUUGUGGAAUAUUCUUGAUUGCAAACCGCCGCGGCGCAUUCCGCUAUAUUAAACGCGCCCCGGCGCGCCACGCGGCUCGUGACGGUCGUGGAUGUUUGCCGGGGAGCCGAGAUUGCAUCCCUGGCAUCACGCCGCGCUCCUCGCAUUGUUCCCAGCCUCCGUUUUUUUUCUGCCGCAAUGCUCGUUAACCUCCCGGUGACCCCCUCGGCGGCGUCAGUGCAACAGUUGCGCCAGACGGUGGCGCACGACGACAGCGCAAAAGUUCCUCCCCCCAACUCCACAUCCAGACUCCCGCCCCUGCGCGCCGGUUUACCUCCGGAGGUCACCGAGCAGGAUUUACGACUGGUCAACAAAAGCACGUGACUCCUCUCCGUACCCCAUAUUUGGAUGCCUACGUAAGCGAGAAUCAAGUCCAUGUCCCGCGCUCAUUUCCAUAAUUCAUCAUAAAUUGUGCGAGGGGCUGCUGGAGGACGCGUGGACGCACAAGAGAAACAAAUCACGCCCGCGCUGCUUUUUACGCCUUUUUCCCCAUCCACGGCCGAACAUAUAGAUAGAAGCCCCCCCCCAAAAAAGACCCAAGCGCGGGCGGACUUGUCAACAAAUGAGCUCUUAUUUUGUCAACUCAUUCUGCGGUCGCUACCCCAAUGGCGCGGACUUCCAUGUGCAUAAUUAUGGCGAGCAGAGUUCGGCGGAGGAACAGUACCGGGACUCCGCGGCCAUGCACUCCGGCCGCUACGGCUACGGCUACAACGGGAUGGACUUAACGGUCGGCCGGGCCGGGAACGAACAUUUUGUGGGCGGCGAGCGCACCGCGGCCGCCUUCUCUCCGCCCCCGGUGGAGCCGGGCAGGUACACGCAUUCCUCCGGCACCUCCACCGGGGGCGCCUCGUCCCCUCCCGCUGACCCGCUGCCGGUGGCCAGCUCCACGCAGGCCACAGAGCCUCGCUCCCGCGGCGUGAAGAACGCGCUCCCGAGUCCCUGUUCGAGCUCCGGGUUGAUGCACAGCGCGCCCAAGGUGGACGAGGAGAAGCCCACGGGGAGCGCGCCCAGCACCCCGCAGAACGUCAGCGACACGGCGCAACCUCAGAUCUACCCGUGGAUGAGGAAACUGCACAUAAGUCACGAUCUCUCCGGACCGGAGGGCAAGCGAGCUCGGACCGCCUACACCCGUUACCAGACCCUGGAGCUGGAGAAGGAGUUCCACUUCAACCGCUACCUGACCCGCCGGCGGCGGAUCGAGAUCGCGCACGCCCUGUGCCUCUCGGAGAGACAGAUCAAGAUCUGGUUCCAGAACCGCAGGAUGAAGUGGAAGAAGGACAACAAGCUGAAGAGCAUGAGCAUGGCGGCCGCGGGCGGCGCAGCAGGAGGAGGAUACAGGCCUUGAGGAAGUGAUAUCGGGGGAAAAAUGAUUCCAAUCCCACCCAAAACAAACAAACAAACAAAAAAAGAUUCCUCGGAGUGCGCAUUCAUUCAGAGACUUGGGGUGCUGCACCCGAACACCCCUUCUUUUCGUCGUGUUCUUCAAUGUACAGCUAGACGUAGAGGACUACAAGAACUAAAUGUUUAAAUUAUUCCUUGCUCUUGAAAAAAAAAAAGAACAAAAAAUAUAAUAAAUCAUGUAAGUGUUUAGUAGUACUGGACUUGUGUAUCGUAUUUAUUGGUGAGGUAUAUGUGCAGUGCAGCAGCGCCUUCUAUUGUUUUUUAUAUAUUAUAUAAAUAUAUAUGAAUAUUCUAUGUUGAUAAAAAAAGGACUGGAAGUGAAAGAAUGUGCUGUUGCUGUUCGUCAUGUUCAUUCAAAUAAACUUUCUACUGGAACUGCA